AUGCCCCCGAGGACCGCCUCCGUCUUGGAGGUGAUGUCUUGGGCUCUGGUCGUCCUGUGCCUGGCUGGGGCCGGGCUCUUCCAGCCGCCAGCCAAGGAGGGACCAUCCCCACCCGGAGCUGCUGCUGCUGCUGCCGCCGCCGCUCCCGCAAGCCUGUCUGCAAAAGCCCGCCCCAACAGCCGCCGGCAUCUCCACCGCGCGCUCCGGUACCCGGUGUACAUGUUGCAGCUGUACCGGUCCCUGACGGUUGGAAGCCGCCUGGGCCAGCCCGCCGCCUUGCGAGAGUCCGACUCCGUCUUCAGCCUGGCCGCCAGAAAUUCAUUCCAGUUUGCUGACCACUGGGUCUUUUCUUUCGACAUGACCUCCAUUUCCAGCAGCUCUGACGUGAGGCUGGCCGAGCUCCGGAUUCGCCUGCAGCCCUUCUCUCAGUCCAGAAAUGUCACAGUAAGCAUCUACCACAGCCACGACCACACAUGCCACAGGAACCAGACCUGCACAGACACGCUCUACCUUGGCUCCUUCGUCACCAGUGGCUCCGCCGGUCCUUCCACCUGGAAAGUCUUCAAUGUCACCAGUUUGCUUCGCUUCUGGCUCCACCAAGGGGCGUCAUCCAGCAAGAGUGCUCCAGAAGUUCUGGAAGAGGACAGGAUAGAGGGGAGUCUAUACGAGGAUGACGGCAGAGGCGGAGCGGCUAGUGGUGUCCAGCUCAACUAUGAGAGCAGUAAAUCCAGAGAAGCCUCCCAGAUAUCAAACCAUAGCAUGACCGACAAAGUCCUCCUGGUUGUCUUCUCCAAAGAGAAGGAACCUGAAAGGCCUUCUCAGGGCCCAAGUCUCAUCAGGACGGUGGAGAUGUCCAAGUAUGUCACGUUGGAGCCUGAUUCCAAAGAGUCUGGGAAUCGUCGGUACCGGCGGAAUGGGAAAAGAAGGCGAAAGAUUAAAAUGAUCUACAGCCAUGCCUCUGGCAGACCUCUGUGUAAGAGGGUAGAUAUGAUGGUGGACUUUGAGAAGACCGGCUUCGGAACCUGGAUUGUGCAUCCCAAGAAGUACAACGCCUACCGGUGUGAGGGGGAAUGCCCAUCACCAGUAGACGAGACCUUCAAGCCCACCAAUCAUGCAUAUGUUCAGAGCUUGCUGAAGGCAUACCAACCUAAUCGGGUGCCUUGCCCAGCUUGUGCCCCAGUCAAACUGAGCCCGCUGUCCAUGCUGUACUUUGAGACGGAUGGGGUGAAGGUCCAUCACCAUGCGGACAUGAUCAUUGAUGAAUGUGGCUGCAACUGAUGCUAAUGGAGCCUCCAGCAACCAGCUCCCCAAGACCUAAAUUACCUUCCCCCUUUUGUGGCAGAAGCCCAGAGAAUCCUCCAUUGGUAAAAGGCAGGAAGCAUGCUCCUCCUCACCACAUGGCGAUCAAGCAAUUUCCCCGCCCCCUAGGGUCUUGUCUCUGUAAACCUGAUCAGAAUAGAAGAUGGAGUAGGCAGAGGAUGGCGGUAGGCAAGGUACACCUUCCUAGUGGGACUUUGAGCUGAUCCCCCAAGAGGAUCCUCACAAAAAUGUGGUCCCUAGGGCUGGCUCCAGGUUUGAGGAGGGGGGAAAUAACCUCUGGCAGCCCCUCUCCUAUGUCAAUGGGCCAGCCUGGUGGU